AGGAAACGAGAAAGACUAAAAGUCAAUGUGCGUUGGCUACAAUGGGUUGGAUACCUGGAGGAGCUUGCCACCUGGGAAAAUGCGUCGAAGUUGUUGAGCACCCUUGAUAAGGAUAGGGUAAAGGAAUACCUAAAGAGUUUCAGUAGGGCCUGAUAUAUCACGUAUCCGCGAACUGUGGGAUAAACAGUCGAAGACUGGAGUGACGCCUUCCAAACGCAGAUCGCCUGCGGCGAACCCGCCAUCCAAGCGGCCUCGGGCUGAACCCACAAAAGCUGCAGGAGAAAAAUCUCAAACUGAUACAACAUCGAUAAAGCACAGUCGUCCUCCAAAGAAGCCACCUGUAACUCCAACUUCAGCACCGGCUUCAUCUCCGUCUCCGGCCCCGGGUCCAGGUUCAACUGGAAUAGUGGCAUAUGACUUGCGCCCCAAGGACAAGAUCAUGGGCGGCCUUUCAGAUUCUGACCUUUAUCCACUGCAGCCCGGCGUAUCUGGUAAGCAAGCAUGGCUUACUGGCAGGAUCAUCACAUCCUUCCUAAAGAACCUGGCCCUCCUCUGCGACAUGGCGACCUUUGAAGUCGUAGAGCCCGGGUCAUCUGGCCGCUUGCUAUCGAAAGACAUUCGCAAAUUUGCCGAGACCAACGGCGCCAUGGUUGCCAUCUGCUUCAACAGCCAUUGGGUUUUAGUCAUGAUCUGGCCCUCGCGCCGUGAGCGACUUUUGGGCAUCGAUCCACCAACAUUUGAGCCCUCCGCCUCAGCCACUGCUUCCGGCUGGAAAAUAAAGUGGGAGCCAUGCCCACAGCAGCAGUCUGACUUUGACUGUGGGAUCUCCGUCCUGGUUGCAGCGACCUUUUACGCGACCGGCCACGAAAUACCUUCUUCUUUGGCUUAUGACCUGUGGCGGCGGCUACUGUUGGCCAUCGCUUCAGGAAAUGUGUUUUCGCUACCGAAGAUGGAGGAGCUACCCGAAUCCCUCCGCUCGCUGCCUGCAAAGCCCGAUAUCAAACUGAUUAGAACACAUAUUCAGGGGCUACAGGAUUUUCAAACCCGCCAAGUCGCUCGAGCAUCCAUUGUCGAGGCCCUCCCCACCGCAACGCCUGUUGUAAAAAGUCUAAAAGCCCAGGUGGCGGAAAAGUACAUGCAGACGCGUUUUGUCGAUCUUGAGGAUCUGUACUUUAGACUCCAUAAUCUCAGUCUCGAUACUUACUCACAAAAGUUGGACGUGCCUUCCGAUUCUCGAUAA